AUGGGUUGCCGCGUCGGACAGACACAGCCGUCGGGCUGGCACAGAGCGCACCAGACCGGACGACAGGCGGCAGGUAACAAGAUUGAGCUAACAGGUGUUGGCUCACUUCUCAUAUCAACCGCAAGCACACUUUCUCCCUCUUCCUUUCUCUCUCUCUCUCUCUCCCAGAAACACACACACACACACACACACACACACACACGGAUAUUGAAAGAUAAACGUGUAAGUUAUGCGCAUGUGAGCGACUGCCUGAUUGCAUCUCGACGGCACACGAAGACCUCGUGCGCAUCGCGCUUGGAAACGGAAUCCCGACCGUCGAUGCCGUCGCCGUCGCCGUCGCCGUCGCCGUCGCCGGUGCCGGUGCCGGUGCCGGCGUGGUGCCGAGGUGACGCGUGUCUCUCUGCGGCCGUCAAGUAUCAGGCCUCGUCGCUACGCCCAAUCGCCGGACCUCAACCACGUGAAGGGCCACUUGACGACUUGACGGCUUGA